AGCAAAGAACGAGCAGCCUCAGCCAUUGCAGAUAAUAGUGAAGCUGCACGGAAGAUCAAGGACAGCUUCAGGUCCAGGAUGGCAACUUUCAUUGUUUCAGUGCUGAACCCAUAUAGACGAGGUGACUGCAAGGAGGGCAAAAUCACCUGCACUGAAGAUUUCAAGUACCUGGCUCGAAAGCUGACCCACUUUGUCAUGGUGAAGGAACUGAAGCAGCUCCAGAGCAUAGACCUGCUAGAGUGCAGUGAGAGUGUAAAACAUAAAACCAAGGACUUUGUGCGAAAGUACAUGAGCAAAUAUGGUGCAACCUUUAAGAGGGAUCCAAAUGACACCAAAGAAUACUAAACUUCUGUCAAAAGGGGAAGAGUCAAAGAUGCUCCAACUGUUGAAAGAGUGAAUGUUUUUUGUGGAUGCUUUUUUUUUCCAAUGAUGAACAGUGGUGAAGAACUUGUGAUGAUUCAACAAGUGACACUGAUCAGGGAGAGCGUCCAAACUGAGUAUAAAACUGUUUUGCUAGCCCUAAUGAAAAAUUCUUUCUCUUGUCUCUGUGUAUCACCUCACAAAUUUAUGGCUGGCAAUCCUCACAUUCGAUAGACUAAAAUACUGCAGUAAGUGAUGCAAACUUUUGAAAGUAAAAAAAAAAUCUGGUAAAAAAUUCACUGCAUCCAAAAAAAGGCUGAGAUCUUUUGAUUCGUGAUUAGAAGUGCACUAUUUUGUUAUUAAAAUCAUAGUGUGUGAUUUGUAGUGAGUUUUGACUGAUGCUGUAUGGUUACUUGUCUUUUUUUAUAGUACACAGUAUUUAUAUUUUUUCUUGGAGUAUUUAUAAAAAAAAAGCAAAGGCAAGUUCAUUCUAUACAUCAAAUGUAAUGAGUAAAUUAGGAAUGCCAGUAAUGAAGGUCUUAUUUUCUUUUUACUGUUGUAAUUAAUUUUGUCAAUAUCCUUGUAAUUAUUAUUGAUAUUUGUAUGUUAGUAUUAAUAAUGUCAUAAUUACUAUUGAAUACCAUUGAUAUUAUUAUAUGACAUUAUUAUCCAUGUGAUUUAUCAUUUUUUAUUACUGUAUAUCAUCUUCAUUUAUUCUAACUUUUUGGUGGUUUAUUUAUUGAGUACUUUAUCACUGAUAUUAUUUUAUAUCAUCUUUGACCACCAUUGGAAUAUACACAAUUAGAAAUUCAAGCUGAAUGACAUUAUAAUUUACCAUCAGCACAGUAGAGAGGUGGUUGCUGUGUGCAGUGACACUGGCGCUUUUGUGAAGGCCGAAGAACUAAUUACACAGACAAAGAAAGUUUUAGACACUUGGCAUAUUUCACCAGUUUUUAAAGUGUAAGAUUGCUUUCUUAAAUAUCUUUGAAUGUGAUUUAAGGUUUAGUAUCAUUAUUUUUUUUCCUUUUUUUUUUGUUUUGUUUUUUUCUUUUUCUUUUUUUUUAGGGUUAUAGGGGUGACUGACAAAGAUACAGUAAAAAAGGAUAGGUAUUUACAAAACACUCAAACACUGCCGCUGAUGCAUGUGGGGUUAAUUUCCAUUUCUCCGAGAUCACCACCAUUCUAGUGAAAACCUUUAGUUAGUUGAACAUUUUACAGAAACUUUCUUUUGGGAGUUUUGUGACUUUUUAAGAGGAAGAAUCAUAGAACAGACAUAGGCUGGAAGUCCUGUUGAUUGUUGGAUUUUCUUUGCUUUUUUUUCUCUCACUUUUUUUCCAUUUUAGUAUCGUUUAUGCAGGGUAUGAGGCUUUUAUCUUAAGCCGAAGACGUAGGUUUUAUCCAGCAUUUUGUAUAUUAACUCUGCCCACCCUUUAAAUUAAAUUAUAUAUAAUACCUCAUGUACAUAAGCUGCUGUACAGGCUAAUUAAUAGUUGAUAUAAAAUCGCAUUCAGCUGUAUUUUCAAGGCAUUGAUGUUUUAAUUUUUUACUCCAUUAUAUUUGAUGUUGAAAUUUUGUACCAAGUCCUAAGUACAUAUUGUUAUGUUUUCAACUAAUGGUUUAGUUUUGUUUAUAUGUGUCUAAUGUAUUCUGAGGAAUACAUUUGCCCUUGUGAUGAAAUUAGUAUGUAGGACAUUCUAGACAGAUGUAGGACUGAAUGUACAAAGAACCAGACACUGGAAUGGAAAAGAUUAUGCUGUA